UCUGCCUGCUUCGUCCGAGAUGGAUCUGGCCGUGGUCCCCGGUGCAGCGGGGCCCAGCAACGUCCCGGCCUUCCUAACCAAGCUGUGGACCCUCGUGAGCGACCCGGACACAGACGCGCUCAUCUGCUGGAGCCCGAGUGGGAACAGCUUCCACGUGUUUGACCAGGGCCAGUUUGCCAAGGAGGUGCUGCCCAAGUACUUCAAGCACAACAACAUGGCAAGCUUCGUUCGGCAGCUCAACAUGUAUGGCUUCCAAAAAGUAGUCCACAUUGAGCAGGGUGGCCUGGUCAAGCCUGAGAGAGAUGACACCGAGUUCCAGCAUCCUUGUUUCCUACGUGGCCAGGAACAGCUCCUUGAGAACAUCAAGAGGAAAGUGACCAGCGUGUCCACCCUGAAGAGUGAGGACAUAAAAAUACGCCAGGACAGUGUCACCAGGCUGUUGACAGAUGUGCAGCUGAUGAAGGGGAAACAGGAGUGUAUGGACUCCAAGCUCCUGGCCAUGAAGCAGGAAAACGAGGCCCUGUGGUGGGAGGUAGCCAGCCUUCGACAGAAGCAUGCCCACCAGCAAAAAGUUGUCAACAAGCUCAUUCAGUUCCUGAGCUCACUUCAGUCGAACCGGAUCCUGGGGGUGAAGAGAAAGAUCCCUCUGAUGUUGAGUGACAGCAGCUCAGCACACUCUGUGCCCAAGUACUCCCUGGAGCAUGUCCAUGGUCCCGGCCCAUACUCAGCUCAAUCUCCAGCCUACAGCAGCUCUAGCCUUUACCCUGAUGCUGUCACCAGCUCUGGACCCAUAAUCUCCGAUAUCACUGAGCUGGCCCCCAGCAGCCCUUUGGCCUCCCCAGGCAGGAGCAUAGAUAAGAGGCCUCUGUCCAGCAGCACCCUGAUUCGUGUCAAGGAAGAGCCCCCCAGCCCACCUCACAGCCCUCGGGUACUACUAGAGACGAGCCCCGGGCGCCCAUCCUCCAUGGAUACUCCUUUGUCCCCAACUGCCUUCAUUGACUCCAUCCUUCGAGAGAGCGAGCCUACCCCUGCUGCCUCAAACACAGCCCCUAUGGACACAGCUGGAGCCCAAGCCCCUGCACUCCCAACCCCCUCCACCCCUGAAAAGUGCCUCAGCGUAGUAGCCUGCCUAGACAAGAAUGAGCUAAGUGAUCACCUGGGUGCCAUGGACUCCAACCUGGACAACCUACAGACCAUGCUGACCAGCCACGGCUUCAGUGUGGACACCAGCGCCCUGCUGGAGCUGUUCAACCCCUCGGUGACCAUCGACAUGAGCCUGCCUGACCUGGCCAGCAGCCUGGCCAGCAUUCAGGAGCUUCUCUCUCCACAAGAGCCUCCCAGGCCUAUUGAGGCAGAGAACAGUAACCCCGACUCAGGAAAGCAGCUGGUGCACUACACGGCUCAGCCUCUGUUCCUGCUGGACCCUGAUGCUGUGGACACAGGGAGCAGUGAACUGCCUGUGCUCUUUGAGCUGGGGGAGAACUCCUACUUUUCUGAGGGAGAUGACUACACAGAUGAUCCUACCAUCUCUCUUCUGAUGGGCACUGAACCCCACAAAGCCAAGGACCCCACUGUCUCCUAGAGGUCUCAGGAGUUGUCAGGCUGGCUAAUGCCUGGCCCCCAACCUAUCCCUAGGACAUGGCUAGUCCUGGGGAGACAAAACAGUUGGGCAGUCCAGGGGAUCCUAGGUCAAGCCACAACAACCCCAGUGGAGCACAGAUGGAACUCAGGCCUGGGCAGUACCUUGAAGCAAGAGGAAGGUCCUGAGGGAUGCAUACCUGCUGCCUUCACCCCCGCCCCAGGUCUACUCUCUGAUCAGAGCUUCACAGCCACUUGGACUGACCCUGCAGGUUGUUCAUAAAAUUGUAUUUUGGA